UGGCAUCGCUUUCAGAGCAUCAGGUUCUACAGCCCCGCCAGGAGGAAGCGCCCUGCAGACGCAGCCUGGAUGGCUUUGCAGAAGCCACAGGCCCCGGAGGAAGUGAGCCGCUUGCCCCUGCCUCCAGGGCGGCCCCUGCCGACCUAGGGCACCGGAACUGGCUUUGCUUUGGAACCCGGGGACCACCAGCGCUUGAGCUCCGUGGCCUUCAUUUCCCUGCAUGGAGGAAGCAGCCAGGGCCGGCAAGGCAGCGAUGGAGCCGGAGUCCCUCUACGACCUGCUGCAUCUCCCUGGGAAGGAGGACCCACCGGCCGAGGAAGAACUCUCACAAGGAGAGAAGAGGAAGUUCCUUCCCCCAACUUCCCGGAAUAACCCCAAAUUUGAAGAAUUGCAAAAGGUGCUGAUGGACUGGAUCAACGCUGAACUCCUCCCAGAGCACAUUGUGGUCCGCAGCCUGGAGGAGGACAUUUUCGACGGGCUCAUCCUGCACCACCUUUUCCAGAAGCUGAGUGGACUCAAGCUGGACGUGGAGGAGAUCGCCUUGACCGCAGCCAGCCAGAGGCGCAAGCUCACGGCUGUCCUGGAGUCUGUAGACCAGAGCCUGCGGCUGGAGGAGCCACAGGCCAAGUGGAGUGUGGAGAGUAUCUUCAACAAGGACCUGCUGGCCACCCUGCAUCUCCUCGUGGCCCUGGCCAAGCGCUUCCAGCCUGAUCUGCCCCUCCCGACCAACGUGCAGGUGGAGGUGAUCAUCAUGGAGCGCACCAAGAGCGGCCUGAAGUCGGAGAAAUCGGUGGAGCAGCUCACUGAGUGUGGCGCAGACAAGGACCAGCCAUCAAAGGACGUCUUUGAUGAAUUAUUUAAGCUGGCUCCAGAGAAGGUGAACGCAGUCAAAGAGGCCAUCGUGAAGUUCGUCAACCAGGAGCUGGACCGCUUGGGCCUGUCCGUGCAGAAUCUAGACACUCAGUUUGCAGAUGGCGUCAUCUUACUCUUGCUGAUUGGACAGCUGGAAGGCUUCUUCCUGCACUUGAAGGAAUUCUAUCUCACUCCCAGCUCUCCUGCAGAAAUGCUGCACAAUGUCACCCUGGCCCUGGAGCUGCUGAAGGAAGAAGGCCUCCUCAGCUACCCUGUCAACCCUGAAGACAUCGUGAACAAGGACGCCAAGAGCACGCUGCGAGUCCUCUACAGCCUGUUUCGCAAGCACAAGCUGAAAGAAAGCACGGAUGGGGUGCCCCAGAGGUCCCCAAAUUAAUCCUCACAGCCCCCCAGAGCUGCUGCUCACGGCCUGCUGCUGGGACCACUGGAGGCCCGGGCUGCGGAGGGCCUCCUUGUGGUGCAGCCCUGGGCCUCCCACUCUUGUCCUGUGUGUCUGUGGCACACCCGCCCUCCCCCGUCUCCUGUUUCCGUCCGUCUGAAUAUCUUUGAACCCAAUUAGGCGUGGUUUCGUUCUGAGCCAACCUCUGAUCUCGCCUGGUUUAUUUUAACAAAUGGAUCUCUGGGAGGGAUGUGGGGAGCCUGCCGAUGUCCUGGGAAGGUCCCCCUUAAAUAUGCACGGAUAUGAGCUGAGCCCCAGUGCAGCAUCCCUCCCCGUGGGGCAGGUGGGCGAGGGGUUCAGGAGCUUGUCUCCAGGGCCACCGCCAGGCAGCUGUGAGGGGCCCAGCAUCGCUGACCUUCAGGGGGCUGAGGGGCUGACCCUGGAGUAGGAGGGCCCUCAGGUGUCAGUGCUGACCCGAUGGCAGAGACCCGCCUGCCACACUCAGCUACUGCUGUCCACCUGCCUCUCACGUGGGGGUGACGGGCCCAAGAUCACCCUCCAGAGGCAGGAGACCCACGUGGCUGCAAAACUAGCCCUGUGCCCCUCUGGAAAGUCAGUUCAGUUACUUGCCAGAAGAGCCGAGGCCCAGGCCCACCCCACAGCCACGGUGCUGAGUUUCACCCAAAAGUCACAGAGAUUUCCUCGUGGCUGGUUUGCAGGUCGAACCGACUCCCUGUCUGUCCCCAGGGAGCUGCCGCGUCGCUCUCUCCAGGGAGACUGGCACUUGCUGUCUAUGUUUCUCGAAGCAGAAGUCCCUGUAACAGGAUGGAACAGGGGUUCCUGGAGCUGACGGCUGAUGGGAACAAACCUGAAGGAGGCUCUGUGGGCGAGAGUGAGGGUCGGUGGGCAAGGUCAGUGGGGCUGGAUCCGGCUGGCCUUGGGCCCCUCCCCUGCCCUCCCAGCUCCGAGUUUCUGUAAGGACAGAGCCCACUAGGUCUGAAGUUGUCACUGUUUGAUAGCCUUGGAUUUGGGGAGGGGCUGGUGGCUCAGACAGUAAAGUGUCUGCCUACAAUGCAGGAGACCUGGGUUCUAUCCCUGGGUCAGGAAGAUCCCCUGGAGAAGGCAAUGGCACCCCACUCCAGUACUCUUGCCUGGAAAAUCCCAUGAUGGAGGAGCCUGGUAGGCUACAGUCCAUGGGGUCGCAAAGAGUCGGACAUGACUGAGCAACUUCACUUUCUUUCCUUGGCUUUGGGGCAGGGGGCCUGCAUGGGCCAGGCCCUGUUUGCCCGACCAGCGAGUGGCACUCAGAGGAUGAGCUCUGUAUGGGGAGUGACUGACGCCAAGAACCCUUGGAGCGGGUGUCUGAGUGUGAGAUAGUCUCAGGGUGGUCUUACAUCUGCCCCACCCCAUCCACCUGCUCCCCUCCAACUUACAGGCAAUUAGGAUGAGGGUGGGGCCCCGUGAUGGGAUUAGCAUCCUUAGAAGAAAAGAGAGACUAGACUGGUCUCUGCCAUAUGAGGACAUAGCAAGAAGGUGGCCGUCUGCAGACCAGGAAGAGGGGUCCUCACCAUGUACCAAAUCACUGGGGACCUCCAUCUUCAACUUCCCAGGUGUCAGAACUAUGAUAAAUAAAAGUCUGCUUUUUGGUUGUUUUCUUUUUUAA